AUGGCCUCCACCGAUGGCUGGUGCGUGGGCGGCACGGUGGCACACGUCUGCGAGCUGGCCCCCGCUGGCCCCUGCAAGUGGCCGGGAUGCAGCUCCUUUGACCUCGCCUCACACCUGGACCUCAAGCUCGCCCGCCGCAUCGGGAGCGGCCCGCCUGGGCCCACCGGGCAGGAGGUGUGGGCCGACAUGCUGUCUCGUGGCGGUGGCAGCGGCGGGGUCAAGCGGUGCAAGCACCGGGUGGCAGUGAAGAGGGUGCCCCUGGCCGUAGGGGACGGGCUCGAGGUUGUUCAGGAGGAGGUGAAGUGGUUGAGGCACGCCUCCACAUGGUGUCGGAACGUGUGCACAUUCCAUGGUGCUGUGAGGGUCGGCGGCCACCUCUGUUUCGUCAUGGAUCGCUAG